AGGGGGGAAUCAGUGCUCCUUCUGCCAUUACCCCUGUCCCCCACCCCUAGCCCUUGCUGUUCUCCCUGAACACAGGUUUCCAGUAUCUAUCUGGUCAUUCCACCUGUACUGAGGCGGAGAGGUCAGAGACCAUGGGUUGGGACAGAUGCCUGGGAGCGUGCCGUGGCAGGAGCAGAUGCAGGGUGGGGCUGGUGGCCUCUUUUCUCUGGAGAGCACUGGCUUGGUCUUUCCUGGUCUCCCUCGACCCUCAGAAGCCUGUGUGAAUGGAAGGGAUCUGCUCCCUGCAGCCCAGAGGAAACAUUCCAGUUGUUCCCAAAACAGGGCUGAUGACUGUACCUGAUGACAAUGAGGGACUGUAAGAUGUGCAGCCAGUAUUACCUGUCCUGAGGUCUGGCACCUAGCGGGCAGGAGAGUGUGCCUUCUUCAUCUUCCAUACUAUCCUCCACCUUUCCCGGAAUUUCCCCCUCCCUCUUUUGCCCUUUUGGCCCCAAGGCAACUGUGUGGUAGGAGUGUGUGUGUGUGUGUGUGUGUGUGUGUGUGUGUGUGUGUGUGUGUGUGUGUGUGUGUGUGUGUGUGUGUGUAUACAUACACGCAUGGGUGUAAAUCAUCCUGAUGGGAGGGUUGGCAGUGGUGGUGGUCCUGGGUCGAGAGCAGCUGAGCUAGAAGAGGAAGGGCCAGCUUUCCAGAUCAAGGUUCCAGAAAGUCCCUUCACCUAUAUUCCAGCUGGUUCUGGGACUUUUGUCAGAGGGCUGUGGGAGGCACUUCCUGGUGGAGGAACACGUGUAACCAGACUCCUGACUUCCCUAGAAAGGGCGUCUCCCUCCUAAACUGAAAAUUCAGGAUAAUAAUUCCUUUCUAGGGCACUGGGGAUUAAAUGAGAAGACCUAUAUUAAACGUGUGUGUGAUGGAGGUUUUCCUUCUGUUGAUAACCCCCUUUGAAAGGGGGAAGACUUUUUUCUGGAUUUCUUGGUCCUCAGCCCCAAAGUCCAGUAACUUCUUUUGUUUGCGAUUGUAAGUUUUGCUGUUCUCUUGGCUCUUCUGAUAAAGCAGGAAGAAAUGGGCUGAAAAUGCAACCCGAAGGAUUUAGGGAAAGAAAUCAUUUCCUGAGGUUCUGGAAUGCCCAGGGAAAAGAUUUUGCUUCUCAAGGUCUUUUGCAAACAGGAGGCAUCCACAUUUGUGGGAUGUUUGGUGUGUACUGCACCCAGGAGGCAGGAGCGUGAACAUGAAACGCUCAUCAUUCCCACCCCCGACAGAUUCUGUUGUAUUCCCCAAAUAGUCCCUGAAUUACUCUGUGCCUCGGUUUCCCCAUCUGUGUCUGGAGAUGAUGCUUGUUUCUCAGAUUGGUGGCGAGGAUUGUGCAGCCAGUCUGUGCAGGUUGCAGAUAAGGUGUGGUGACAGAUCCGAGUGUUCCAGGUCACUGUUCUCACCACUGCAGUGAAUGUAAUGUUCCCUUUUUUUUUUGGCUGCACUGGGUCUUUGUUGCUGCGCGCAGGCUUUCUCUAGCUGCAGGCAAGCGAGCGGGGGCUACUCUUCAUUGCGGAGCACAGGCUUCUCAUUGCGGUGGCUUCUCUUGUUGUGGAGCAUGGGCUGUAGGCACACGGGUUUCAGUAGUUGUGGUGCACGGGCUUAGUUGCUCCGUGGCAUGUGGGAUCUUCCCAGACCAGGGCUCGAACCCAUGUCCCCUGCAUUGGCAAACGGAUUCUUAACCACUGCACUACCAGGGAAGUCCCUACAGUGAUUGAAACAUUCUUAUUUACUGUGAUCCUUGAUCUCCCCAGGAGUCAUGGCUGGGCCACUGAGUACUGGCUUUUACUAGUCCACAGAAGCCAGGUCUGGAACUAUUAAGAGCAAGCAACUGUGUCCCCUAUUUCAGCACCACACAUUCUUCCAGAGGUCUAUUAAUUCUUUGCAGGAGUGGCAGACACUGGCACCAAACCCUUUUGCCUUCUAGCUUCUCUUAGGGGCAGCCUCCUGGCAAGAGUCUUUCUCUCUUACCACGUGCAUUUACACACUCAAGGGUUUAUGUGAGAAUCCCAGGUGAUUUACUGCUAUUCUGUCUCUCUUCCCCAGCCUCCAGACACAGCACCACUGGAGCCCCAGGGCCCAGCUGCUCUGCUCUUAGCUUGUGCAGAACUGUUGACCUGGACAAACCAGGAAAAAAGACUGAGCAGGCGUGGGGGUGGGGUGGAGAUCACCCAGAUGCUUUCCACUCCACUGAGUGCCCCUCAGGCUACUGAUGCAACCAGUCCCCUACUGUAGGCCAGGGAGACUGUCCUAAGUCAGUGCUUCCUAUCUGGGAGGAGGGAUUCUUUGCUGGAGCCCUGGAACAGGUCCCAGUGAGACAAGUUUGCCUUAGGACAUAUUGCAGGGGAUGAAAGAUGCACCAUUGUAGACUGUGCUGAGAUAUCAGGAACUCUCCAACCCAGAGAUGGACUUUGCUCUUUAUUUCACCACCAGGAGAGGAUUAGGUUCAUUUUGAUAUCCAGGAAUUCCUCUUGCUAGAACAAUUUCUCCACUUAAAUAAUGAAUGAGGUCAAGUCUAUUGAUUUUAAUCAGGGGAGGCAGGGGCAACCUUGCUGUGAAGAGUUUUGGGUCCUGUGCUCUUGCUUGCAGCCUUGAAGUCCUGGAAGUCCCAGAGUGCAGCAGGGGGCCAUGCAGAGGUUAUCUGCUGCCGUUGACUGAGUUAGGAAGUGAAAGGUCGGGAAUCAGUUAUGGAGAUAUAAGAUCCCUGUCCUGGGACUGGCAAGGCAUUCUCCACUGUCAAGGGGUUGUAAAUAAACCCAUUGCACAACCUUCAGCCCAGAAUUAAAAGCCCUUAGCCCAGAAGCAGCUGGGCUCUGGAGGUGUUUGCCUAUGACCUUUUCUCUCACCACACCCUGGGGCUCUUGGGAGGAGCUGAGGUCUGAGCUGCAGUGCCAGGAUGCUGCCUCUGUCAGUGCAGGCGUUCUGCUGCCUUUCUGGGUCCUGUCACACGGGCUCCUUGCUCAACUAUUGGGUGCAUAGGAUUGAAACUGCUCUCCCCUAUUUGUAAGACAGCACGUGGCUUGGCUUCAUAGAGUUGUGGCUGGAGACUGAAAUGGCAGCCGCCUUCUCAGGUUUUCUGUAGCCAGUCUGUUAGAGGAAAGGCAAGCACUCCAUGCCUUACAGGCCCAAGAAGAUGGAAAGACAAGUGGUAGGCGGGAUACUCAGGCGCUUCCGCAACUGGCUGCCUCGACACGGAGCAGGACCUCCCCAGGAUAAUCUGGGGGAAGUUGUAAAGGAACCAGAAAGGGCCCAGGAGCACUGUCUACCCAACUUUGCCGGAGGGCAGCACUUCUUUGAAUACCUCCUCGUGGUUUCUCUCAAAAAAAAGCCUUCGGGGGAUGAUUAUGAGCCCACAAUCACCUACCAGUUCCCCAAGCGAGAGAACUUGCUUCGGGGACAACAGGAGGAGGAGGAACGGCUGCUCGGAGCCAUCCCCUUGUUUUGCUUCCCAGAUGGGAAUGAGUGGGCCCCACUCACUGAGUAUCCCAGGGAGACUUUCUCGUUCGUCCUGACCAACGUGGAUGGCAGCAGGAAGAUUGGAUACUGCAGGCGCCUCUUGCCCGCCGGCCGUGGUCCUCGCCUCCCCAGGGUGUACUGCAUCAUCAGCUGCAUUGGCUGCUUCGGCUUGUUCUCCAAGAUCCUGGAUGAAGUGGAAAAGAGGCAUCAGAUCUCCAUGGCAGUCAUCUACCCAUUCAUGCAGGGCCUCCGAGAGGCAGCCUUCCCCGCUCCUGGGAAGACCGUCACCCUCAAGAGCUUCAUCCCCGACUCAGGCACUGAGUUCAUUUCGCUGACGCGGCCCCUUGACUCCCACCUAGAGCACGUGGAUUUUAGUUCUCUGUUGCGCUGUCUCAGUUUUGAGCAGAUUCUUCAGAUCUUUGCCUCUGCAGUGCUGGAGAGAAGAAUCAUCUUCCUGGCAGAAGGUCUCAGCACACUGUCUCAGUGCAUCCAUGCUGCUGCGGCGCUGCUCUACCCCUUCAGCUGGGCCCACACCUACAUCCCUGUUGUCCCCGAGAGCCUUCUGGCCACUGUCUGCUGCCCCACUCCCUUCAUGGUUGGAGUCCAAAUGCGCUUUCGGCAGGAGGUUAUGGAGAGCCCCAUGGAAGAGGUCCUGUUGGUGAAUCUUUGUGAAGGAACCUUCUUAAUGUCAGUUGGUGAUGAAAAAGACAUCCUACCACCCAAGCUUCAGGAGGACAUCUUAGAAUCUCUUGGUCAGGGGAUCAAGGGGUCACAGACUUCUGAACAAAUCAAUGAGCAUGUUUCAGGCCCUUUUGUGCAGUUCUUUGUCAAGACUGUGGGCCACUACGCUUCCUACAUCAAGCGGGAAGCAAAUGGGCAAGGCCACUUCCAAGAACGGGGCUUCUAUAAGGCUCUGACCUCCAAGGCCAACCGCCGAUUUGUGAAGAAGUUUGUGAAGACACAGCUCUUUUCCCUUUUCAUCCAGGAAGCUGAGAAGAGCAAGAACCCUCCUGCAGGCUAUUUCCAACAGAAAACACUUGAAUACGAGGAACGGAAGAAACAGAAGAAACCAAAGGAAAAGACUUUGAAAUAAGAGCUGUGGUGAACAGCGGUGACUAGACCUAUAGGCCAGUUGUGGACUUUGGCCCCUGCCAGCAUGGUAGGAUGUGAAGCUCUCAGCCCCCAGAAUCCACAGCCUUCUUCCGAGUCCUGGUAACCAGGUCUUGCUUCAAGUUGGUGUCCUGAGUUUGGGAUCCCUGGAAUCAGCUUUCUCAAGACUUUGGAAGGCUCUGACCUCUGUGCUCACAGAGCUGGGCACAAAGCUGCCUUUCCUGCAGAGGUGACACCGGGCAGGAGACAGUAGUAGAGGUGUUGUAGAGUCUUACAAGUUGCUGUAACUGCCCUCUUCCAGGAACCUCUUACAAAAUCCUCAACAGGGAAAGCAGUUGUGGCCCAAAGGCUCAGUUUCUCCACAUAGAAGAAGAGGUCUGUGGACAUGUGAGGAUAAGAAUAAAGAUGAAAAUCUUCUUGUUCUUUAAA